GGGUUUCUUCACCACUACAGAGCAGCUGACUGUCUCUGAAACACUGACAGAAGUUCUGCAUGCUGCAGGAAAACAUUCAAAACAUCUUCGGGGCUGACUGGACGGAGGAAGUAAAAUUGACAAGACCUAACUUUUUCAGUUUAUCUUUUUAGUGGGGAUCAUAACGGACUCUGAGCUGUGAUCUUUAUUCUAGUUGACAUCUGAAAAGUGAGGUGGAGAUGGAAAACAAAGCCAUGUAUCUGAGCACAAAUGAGGAGAGAGAGAAUGCAUCCAUGUAUGAGGAAGCCUAUGAAGGACACAACUUGUCCAAACUCAACCUCUGUGAUGACGUUUCUGUGAAGCGUCGCCGGAAGCAGGACCAGUUCUGCAGCCUCCUUAACUCCCUCUCAGCCAUCAAAUAUGCCAUUGUUUCCCUCUACGUCCUCGUUCUCCUCACCAUCUUUGGACUCUGCCUGGCAGUUUCUCGUUCCCAGGUGUCCCCGAGGCGUACGGAGGUGUCAAUAGAGAACGUGACUCGGAUCUCAGAGCACUCUAAUCUGCUCCAGCACGCCCUGGGCGAGGAGUCCACUCAGGCUGACCUGCUGGAUUACAUUUGGAAACUGGAAAACAUCUUUCAGAACCAAAGCAACUGGCUGCAGAGGCUGGAGAUCCUCAUCAAGGGCCUGGAGUUGGAGCUGAGGAGCCUCCAGAGUCACUCCCUUCAGUCAGAGGGCUACCUGGUGCAGCUGGACGACAGGUUGUCCUCGCUUGCCAGCUCGGCAGGUAGAAACCUGACAAAUCUGAUCUCAGAGGUGUCACGCACCUCCAGAUGGCUCCGUGACCACGACGUCCUGCUCAGGGAAACAUCAGGACAUUUAAACGGGCUAAGAGAAAAACUGGAUGAGGUCAACUGGACAGUUGGAGCUGUCAAUCACACCUUCAGCAACGACGUCAGUGUUCAUCACCUAAAAAUUCAAGACUUACAGAUCCAGAUCAGCAACAUCACAGAAGACACCAGCAAUUUGUGGGUGACGCACAUCCACACGGAGGCCCAGCUGAGGAACGAGAUGGAAAUCCUGAACACGAUCACAGAAGACCUCCGUCUGAAAGACUGGGAGCAAUCCAUGACUCUCAAGAAUCUCACAACCUUAGAAGGACCUCCAGGGCCAAAGGGUGAAAAGGGCGACCCUGGAGAUCUGGGGCCCCCGGGGGUCCCUGGGUUCACAGGCUUAAGAGGAUUCGCAGGAGAAAAGGGAAUGCAAGGUCCACGGGGAAUUAAAGGAUCAGCUGGAUCCGACGGCGUUCAGGGAGACAAAGGAGACCCAGGGCCAGUUGGGCCAAAAGGUGAGAGAGGAGAGCGAGGCUACAAAGGGGAGAAAGGUGAACGAGCAGAAAAACCAGUUGAGGAGGUUCUGGUGCGGUUGGUGAACGGGUCCGGUCCUCAUCAAGGCCGGGUGGAGAUUUUCCAUGAGCGGCGCUGGGGCACCGUGUGUGAUGACAACUGGGACAAAAAUGAUGGCGGUGUAGUCUGCAGGAUGCUGGGGUACAGAGGAGCAGCCGAAGUCCACAGAACUGGGCGCUUUGGACAGGGAACUGGUAUGAUCUGGAUGGAUGACGUUGCUUGCAACGGGACUGAAAACACCAUCCAUCAGUGUAAGUUCUCCGGCUGGGGGAAAACAAAUUGUGGCCAUGUUGAGGACGCUGGUGUCACCUGCACUGUGUGACUUCUUCAGAUGCUUUUCACCACGAGUGCCUGUUCUCAGUGUUUUGCUCAUUUAUCUGCAAAGAAAAAGUGCCACUUUAAGCAGAGACGCGCUCACUUGUGCAUGGACCUUCUGCUAAAAGACUGAAAUGGGGCAAAGCUUUCGCCAACACCAGUGAACUUUUUUCAUUACUUGUACAGUCGGGUGUGUGGAGGAUUCAAACUGCUUUUGUGUCUACAACAGAGUGUUGGUGUUAUCGGGAAUGAUGUGAAGCCGCUCUCUGGGGCUCGAUUCAGGUCUUGCUGACCUCAGAUAACCCCUCCCCCCUUUCAUGACGAGGGACUGAAGCAUUGUUUAGAUGAAUAAAAAUACUGUAAAUAAGGAAUUUUAUCUGUUUUUAGUUUACUGAUGGCUGCUCUUCACAGUAUUAAACAGGAAUGGCUCUUGCUAAAUGUUCAAAUUAAGCCCAAAAUUUAUAAAAAGAAAAAGAAAACAUGCUAAGCUGGUGUUAAUGAGAUGGUUUGCAAGAUAAACACUUUAAGUAAAACCAGUUGUUUUCCUUGCCUCUUUUAGCUAAUGCUUCGCUAAUAUGGUCACAAGCACAGACAUCACAAACGCCUUGUGGACCGGUGUUGCCUAUUGCGCCCAACCCCGAUACUCACACUUCCCAGCCAGGAGUGUGAGUGUGUGGGGUGUCCCAAUUCUCAAGUGUGAAGGUUGAUCCAACCCCUUUCGCACCCUUGAUCCGCACUUGCCCGAAGCUAACAGAGUUUUUCCAGGCGUUUUUAGCAAGAAAAACACGGUAGAGCGAUGACGUAGAAGUUGUUUUACUGCAUUAGCAUGUAGCUAAUGUCCCGCUGAUCUCCGCCCGUGGAGAAUGAGCUGAUCUGGAAGGCCAGGGCUCCUGGUCGCAGCGGUCUGGCCCUGCUUGUAAUUUAACAGUCCCAGUCCAUAUUAGAUCUCACAUUCGGCCUAGAGACGAGUCCGCGGGCGGCAACACCCCCACCUCCAACGCUCUCCCAACAGGGAGGGCCGACGAUUUGUAAAAAUGCCAGGGCCGAAUUUUGGUCCCAGUCCACCCCUGGCUUCGGGUUACUGUGUAGCUAAUGUUCUGCAGAUCAUCUACUGUGGAGUAGUGUCGGCCCAAGCUGGGCAAGCAGCCCGCUUGGCUAAGCGGCCCCAUUGGGGCACUGCCAGAAUGCCAGAUAAGCCAGUCCACCCCUGCCCGCAGCAAUGGAUUGUGGGUAAUGAACAAGUUUUUCCAAAUGAAAUUAGUUCAUUUUAGGAUGUUUAGUUGAUGCUCUGAAUGUUUUAGACAAAGUAGCAAUGAAUGUACAUUUAUUUCAAAUAAUUGUUUGGUUGUUUGUUUGAAAGUUGUUGAUAAAGAUUUUUUUAAGUAUCACAGCGGCCAGCAUCUUACUUCCUCUAGGUGCACUUCGCAGAAGACCACAGGGUGCAGUGUAAGUAUUGGGAAUGGGCCUUGGAGCUGGAGUAGCAGCAGACCGCCAUCUUGGAUGGUGUAUUUCUGCUCAGGAAGGUUUUUACCCAACUCAAAAACACAUUUUAUUAAUCUUUUUAACUAAAUCAGACUUAUGCUAUAGCAUGAUAAUCCAUUCAUUCAUUUUCAGCCGCUUAUCUGGGGUCAGGUCGCGAGGGCAGCUGCCUAAGUCGAGGCCCAGAGUUCUCUUUCCCCAACCACUUGGGCAAGCACCUCAUUAAAUUAAUGAGUUAAAUUCAGAAUUCAAAACUGAUUCAGCUUCAGAAAUUUUGUGCAUCAGCCGAUGUUAUUAGCGACGUUUUUGCAUGAAAAUAAGGUGAAAAAUGUCUGGAUAUCGGCCAUAAAAAUCAGCAGUACCUAUCAGCCAUGGGCUGACCAUGCUCCUACAUAUCAGCUGUAGAAAAACAGAUAUUGGUCGAACUCUAUUUAAAACAAACUGAUUUCAGAUAUAUUUAUUGCUGCUGAAGCUUGUUAGAGACUUUAGAGGUAGCCAAUCUAAGUAAAUACAUAAAAAAAUAAUUCUAAUGGAAGUUUUACAGCCCAUUAAGUAAAUGUUUGCAUUAGAAUCAUCUCUCAAAUCUGCAUAUUUUUUUCUUUUCCGUUUGUUUUUAACUUGCAAACCAUCACUAAAAACUUUUGUGAGCUGAAAAGUCUAAAAGUUUUGAGUUUUUUUUUAACUCCUAGUUUUCAGAUGAAGUGAUGCUGAUAAAGAACAGAUGAUGAAAACCAGACGGAUGGAUGAUUUAUUAUAGAGGGCCUGUCAAGCUGCCAAACGUUGGAUUGCUUCAGCAUUAAUCCGCACACCGAACAAACGACGCGAGACUGCAUCAGCGUCAUGUUUUACCUCUCAAAUCCAAAAACGCUGUCUCCUCCAAAGUUUCCCCCUCACUCGUUCUGCCUCACAAACCUCUGAUUUCUGCCCUCAAGGCUGACAUGGUAUAGUUUUAUCUACUUAAUGUGACUUUCAAAUGAGUUUGCACAAAUGAUGCUUCUUCUUUUCAGAGUCUGUGACCCACUGAUGGACAUUUUGGGGAUUCUUUUGGUUUUCGUGCCUUUUUUUCAAAGUGCCUUCCUGUUUUAAACUAAGUUUUUGCCACCGAACAGAAGGAAAAAUAGAGAAAACGUUAGGUAAGAAUCCACCGAUGUGUUUUAAAUGAAGCUCUAGGUUAUGAGAUAAUUUAUCUACCAUCACCACCUCUCCUUAAAGAGCAAGUCACCCCCAAAUCAACUUUUUUUUCUGAUAAACUAUAUAAAUGUGUGUCUAAUCGUGCUACAGACACGUGUAGUCAAUAGUUUUGCACUUUGGUGCGUUUUAGUUAAAAUUUAAAUUUUCUGCCUAAAACUGUCAGUGUUGUGUCGUUGUCAGGUAAAAACUCUGCACUGCAGUUGAAUUUAAAUCUGCCAUCGCUAUUGGCUAAGAGUAGAACAUUAGCUGGUACCAUAUGAUGUCACAAUGUCGUUGUGAGCCUCUGUGUGUGUGUGUGUGUGUGUGUGUGUGUGUGUGUGUGUGUGUGUGUGUGUGUGUGUGUGUGUGUGUGUGUGUGUGUGUGUGUGUGUGUGUGUGUGUGUGUGUGUGUGUGUGUGUGUGUGUGUUAGCGGCUCCGCCCUCUCGGUCUGCUAGGCGACAGCCUUUGUUGCAUUUUUCAAACAAGAAGUGGGAGUGGAGUAAGAACCUGGUAGGGGGUGACUUGCUCUUUAAAUAAUCAUAUUUUCACAUACAAUCACCUUCUCUUCAUUUUAGUCCUUGAAAUAGAACGUUUUAAAUUACUGGGAGGCCAGAUAGAUAAUAAAAACAUUCCCUUUAAUAAAUAUUUAAUGAAUUUGCUCAAACGCCUUAAAAAGUGCAAUAAGACACAUAAAUGAUUGUGCUUUUUUAACAAACAGACAAAAUAAUAGAAAAUAUUAGAGCUGCAGUCAUUAAAAACAUCAUAGUUGACUGAAAUGCAGCAGAUAGAUUCAUAUUCUUAUGCAGCUGCAGAUUUAAGAGGUUCUCCCUCAACACAAGAAGCAAUAAAAGAAACAUCUGACAUGCAGCAGCUGAUUGUAAUGGAAAAUCUUCCCCACCCUCCUCACGCAAAGUGUUUUUCUGAUCCCACGUCAUGCAAGUGCUUUACAUGUAAAUAAAUGGUUUUAAAACAGUUUUGUCAUUGUUUCAUGAAGCAUUUGUGCCUUAAAUUACAUUAAAAAACUGCAUUCAGUCCUUAAAACGUGUUCAUGAACAUUUAGUAUCCAGUCAACUAUGCACUGCUAUCCUUGUUUUGUAAAUAAAUGGAUUUAUAAGUACGCAUGAGUAUAUUUGUCAGUAAUUAAAAGACAUUUAUUUUCUGUAAAUCUCAUACAGAUUUGUAUUCAGUCUAGAUGGGUCUCAUUAUUCCUGCAAAAACGACGCAUUCAACAUGUUGAAUCCAGAUUCAUCAGGUUUUUUUUAUUUGCAAAUUCAAAUUCAAACAAUAUUGUGUUGGUAAAUGAGACAUAUAUUAAAUACAAAAAGUAAAAAACACACGAUUUUGCAUCUAACACUUCAGCUCCAUCAUGUUUUAUGAAAAGUUUGAAUGAAAUGGAAUAGAAAAUAAUUUUCUGUUGUUGCAAUUUGUUACUUCACCACUAGAUGUCACUAAACAUGCAGUUGGACCUUUGGUGAGACUUUUACUCUGUUGCAUAGUUUCAUUUUUAGAUGUUUGGUGGGGUUUUUUGUUCUGUAAUAUUUGUUGUUCUUUUAAACAUAUUUUAAAUUAAUAAAGAUAACUAUUUCUCAAAGAGUUUUGAGUAAAAUUAAUCUAGAACCAAUUGUGAUGUGUCAGAUGGUAAAAUAAAAACAAACUCCUAAGACCAGUUUCUCACAUGUGAAUUAAAUUAACUAAAAUGACGUGCACUUAAAGAGCAAGUCACCCCCUACUAGACUAUUACUCCACUCCCACUUCCUGUUUGAAAAAUGCAACAAAUGUUGUUGCCUAGCAGACCGAGAGGGCAGAGCCGCUAACAAAUACACACACACACAGGCUCACAAAAACAUCGUGACAUUAUAAGGUACCAGCUAACUUUCUAGGGUACCUCUUAGCCAAUAGCGAUGGCAGAUUUUAAUUCAAAUGCAGUGCAGAGUUUUUACCUGACAACGGCACAACACUGACAGUUUUAGGCAGAAAUUUUAAAUUUUAACUAAAAUGCACUGAAGUGCAAAACUAUUGACUACAAGAGUCUGCAGCACAAUUAGACACACAUUUCUAUAGUUUAUCAGAUAAAAAAUGUUGAUUUGGGGGUGACUUGCUCUUUAAAUAGAAAACUUUUCAAAGUUAAAAUGUGUUUGGAGGGUAUUUUUAUUUUGUUUUGAAAGGAUAUGUGAGUAACUUGCUGUUUUCUGUCAGUCAUCACAAGUGUAAGUAAAGUUUCACAGCUUGUUAACAAUUGUUUAGUUGAUUUGUGCCACUACAAUGCUGCAUGAUGCACUGCUGGAUCAAUAAAAGUCUUUAACCAGG